AUGAUGGCUUCAAUUAUUAUUUCACGGCGCUUAACGGCAGAAGUGAAGACUGAUGAUGAUGAUCGUAACGUUGCUACCCAUCGACACAGCGCUCCGAUGGAUCGAAAAUUAAUCCUCCCCACAUCACUUCAGUCGAUCGAAAACUAUUUCUCCCCACGGCGCACGGCGCUUAGCUUUAAACAUUGCGCAGAAGUGAAAACUGAUGAUGAUGGCUUCAAUUAUUAUUUCACGGCGCUUAACGGCAGAA